AUGCUUCAUGAUCCAGUCGGAGAUCUAUUCUCCACUGAUGUGAGAUUUGCAUCCGCACAGGGUACUCCGUUGAGCUUAUCCGAGGCUCAGGAGCUGGCGAAUGAAGGCCCAUUGGAAUACCUGCAGUCGAAUCAGUACAGAAUUCAACAAAGCAACACGGACGGACUCCAGAAAUCCCUCCUGAACGAGGUCAUCGGCGAAGAAAUGUUCUCUGGAUUCCAAAUCUACGAACUGGAGGACCUAGAAGACGUCGACAGUCUGACACCUACCUGCAAGGCCGCCCUCUCCCAGACCAUCCACUGUGCUCCGUUCCUGCAGACGUUCCAACAUCCCAACUCGGGUCGCUACUUUGAGGACUCCACCGAGGCUGACAGGAUCUGUGCCGCGAGCUGUGGGAGUAGCCUCAAACGUUGGUUCGACAACGCCUCUAUUAGUUGUGCCGGCCAGACUCUAGGGAACUCUGACCCUACUCGGUACGGCGGCUAUAUCUAUGCGGCUUACAACCAGAGUUGCUAUAAAGACCCGACGACGGGAAAGUACUGUCAAGAAAUACUUGACGCGUACCCGGCGGUCGAGAGGAUCGAUUCGAUGCCCCUGGCGGAGAUGUGUUCAUAUUGCCACACACAGAAGUACAUCAUGAUGCAGGCCAGUGCGUACUCUGCGUAUGAUGUGCGGUCCCAGGAGAAUUUGGAGACUCUUCAUACCAAUUGCGGAUUGAAAGGAACAACGGAGAUCCCAUCACCGCUGGUGCAUAUACCAGAGACGCCAGCGCCGAUGUGUCUAUCAGAUAUCAUCUACACUAUUAAGGACGGCGACACCUGCGACACAAUUGCUCUGCAAUACAGCGUGGCAUCGGCGGCCAUCCAGGCAGGAAAUGCGCAACUGAUCAAUGACUGCUCAAAUUUGAUCGCCGGCAGAGAAAUAUGCAUCCCUUUGAGUUGCGAAAGAACCUACACCCUGCAAGACAGAGACACCUGCCUUUCCAUCGAGAUAGACCAUGGAUUCAUGCCGAACACUGUGCGCAAGUACAAUGCAUGGCUUGAUCUCGAGUGCCUCGAUCUCCAGCCUACGAGGCCCAUCAUUGGAAGCGUAAUCUGCCUCUCCCCACAGGGAGGGACAUACAACGAUAAGGACUUCGUCAGUGACCGCAUCACGUCCGGGCCUUCCUGGACUACGGGCUACACAACAAUGUCAAUAGACCCUCCCGAAGAUGCGACAGUUGCCGAGGGAUCACCCUGGUUCUGUGGGCGAUGGCACACGGUCGAGGCCGGCGAGACGUGCGCAAUGAUCUGUGUGCAUGAUGGGAUUCCCGCGGAGCUUUUCAUGGAAGUAAAUCCGUCGCUUUCGCCGGAUGACUGUGAUGGGAGUCUCAAAGUGGGUGUUACCUAUUGUACAGGGCCAGACGAUUACUGGAACGAUGCUGGUUUUUGGGGCCCUGAAUGGCCUGGCAGUCCUACCGGGCCUGUGUCGUCUGUGCCCUCGCCCACCUCGUCCACGUCUUCGUGA